CAUAAUGCUUAAAGCUAAGGUCCUCUGUGGCCGCUUGGAUAUUCGUCCUAGAACUGGAUGUGAAACCCCUUCUCUUCCUCCUUCUCCUCCUCCUCCUCCUUUCCUCUCCCAUAGAGAACUUCGGGACAGUCUGACGGAUCUGACUGAGAGACUUUGAGAGAUUUUUCUGGACUGUGCUAUUGUUAACCUCUGUGGUUGUGGGACUCUAGACCAUUGUUGUACCAAAUGCUGUUGAAGGCCAUUCAGACAAACACACUUUGCAUGCACUGCUGUAGGGUUCAGUGUUCCUGUUCCCCAGAGCUCUGCCUGUUUCAUUUAUGACUUCUAUUAAAAUGACUAGAUAGAACAAUGAGCCAACAGAAAUGUUCAAGCCUUUCCUUUGUUAGUCAACAGACCCACAGCUGUUCUCACACACUGUCCUCACUGAAGGAGUAAGCCUGCUGUUUUGUGUACUUUGUGAUUUAAUGUGAAGCAAUGGAAAGAUUUCUCAGAUACAGAUUAAAGAUGCACAACCUACCUGGCCUGUCUCAGUGUUUGUAUGUUUCACUGUCAGACGUGCUUUCACAGUUCCAGAUAACCCUAACUUGUAAAUUUGAUGACGGAGAGGCUGACGCUGGGGAAGAGGAAGCUGCUGCUGCUACUGCUGCUGCUGAGGCAGAAACCAUAGUGGAGGAAGCAGCUGAGGUGGUCGCAGAGGCUGCCGAGGCAGUUUCAGAGGCUGCCGAGGCAGUCGCCCAGGUGGCACAGGAAGUGGAGGCAGCUGCAGAGGAAGUAGCCAAAGUGGCUGAGGCAGUGGAAGAGGCUGCCCAGGCUGUGACCGAACCUGCCGCUGUCGGCGCAGAGGAGACGCAAAGCGAUGUGCCACUAGCAGCUGCCUCUUCAUUAGUGUUACUGAAGAAAGCUGAAGGAAAGGAUGACUCGGCAUCCAACGAUCAAGAACUCCUACCACCAGAAGUGGAAACACCUGUUGAAAAAGUGAGCCCUACUAUUACAGAGGUCUUGACAUCAGAUGGAGAUACUUCACUCAAAGCUGUAGCAAUUAGUGAGGAGACUGUUACACCAGAGGAAGAUGGAAAAGUUUCUGUAACUGUAAAAGUAGCACCAGCCAUGGAGUCUCUUACACCAGUAGAGGUAGUGUCAAUGGAAGACUCAGCAGCCUUUGCAGAAGUUGCACCAGUUGUUGAGGACGUCUCUGUACCCAUAGAGGUUUCAGCAGUUGCCGUGGAGGCCCCUCCAACCAUUGAGGUUGUAGCAGUUGUCGAGGAGACUUUGACACCAGCAGAGGUUGCACCAGUUGUUGAGGAGGUCCCUGUAUCCAAAGAGGUUUCAGCAGUUGUUGAGGAGGCCCCUAAAGCUGUAGAAGUUGCAUCAGUUGUCGAUGAGGCUCCUUCAUUCGUACAGGUUGCGCCAGUUGUUGAAGAGCCUUCAACACCAGCAGAGGUUGCUGCAAUUGUUGAGGAUACUCAUGUACCCGUAGAAGUUGCACCAGUUGUCGAGGAGGCCCCUGCACCCAUAGAGAUUACAGCAGUUGUCGAGAAGAUUUUGAUACCAGGAGAGGUUGUGCCAGUUGUCGAGGAGACUUCGACACCAGCAGAGGUUGCACCGGUUGUCGAGGAGGCCCCAGUACCCACUGAGGUUGUGGCAGUUGUCGAGGCCCCUGCAUCCACAGAGGUUGCUCCAGUCAUGCAGGAGACUCCAGUACUAGUAGAUUCUAGCAAAGAAUACAUUGUUGUUGUCCUGGAAGGAACGCCCAAAGAAGAGAAACGACCCAAGGUCCUAGGAGUUGGUCCUAUGACCAGCAGAAUCAUCCCAGCUCCAGAAGAUGACGGUACCCCUGCCUCUGAGGGUAGGCGACGUCUUCUUAGGAUUCAAAUGCAGUAGUAUCCAACAAAGGUAUUGAGGCUGUAAUUAUUUGGAUUAUUUUAGAUUAGAUUAUGAACACUAUGUGCUUCCAAGUAAAAUGUAGAUUCCUCCUGUAUGUGUGUACUUUCCACUAUAGGGAUGUAGACUUGGAGGAAGGUUUUGGAGUUUUCAUCAUCUGUACAAUACUAACAUGCUGCUUUUAUUUGUUGCAGUAAAGCACUCCUAAAUGAUGAUUCUCACUAGAGGACAGAGGGUGUGCCUUUCUCCUACACUUCAUCCUUCAGCUCUGAAAUACAAAGGGAGUAACUGGUUACACAUUACUGACAUGGUACAAUGUUUAGAUCACCAGCUGCUUUAUUGAGCCCACAUAGCCCAUUACUAUGAAACGUCACAUGUAUAACAGUUGCAUUGUAGCCAGAUUGUUAUGGGCAUAUGGCUUUUGUUGUGUUGUUAGGAACAUUUCCUGUCUCCUCUGUGAACUACAAUCUGUUUACAGCUUUUGACUAAACUGAGCCUUUCAAACAUCCCAAAGCUUUUACUGUUGCACGUUAAAGCUUAAAAAGUGGAAUAUGUUGACAUUGUGCAUCUCCAAACACUGUCCCGCCGCCACAGUAUUAGCUCUCAAACUGAGGAGCGUUCAAAUCCACCAGCACUGCGUUAUAGGAACCAGCCUCAGGUCUUUUUCUCUGCCACUUCUGGUUCCAGGUGGAAUCACUCUGACUGUACUUUAUGUUUAUGAACAAACAUGUGAACCCAUGAGUAUGACCUACUACCUCACUGUUUUCCCUCAUGUUCAUCAUUUUCAAACAACCCAUUAGAGCUCUGUGCAAUCCAAUCUGGCUUCUUGCUCUGCAACAUAGCACCUACACCAUUACCUUCACAAUGGUCCCAUUAAAUUGUAAUGGGGGUCAUUUUUAAAAACACUCCAAGGAAAUUGUGUGAAUAAAGAAUAAUCAGCAUCACGUACCUGAUGUUAUAUCCACAGAUUAAGAUUGAAAAAAGAAACUAGUAAGGAAACUGUAACUGUAGUCAGUAACAUCUCUAUUUUACACAUACUGGAAUCAUCAUUGAAUCAUUAGGUUAAAUGGGGAAAUAAAGCAGCAUCUUGUUCUUUCACUCUGUGUUCCUAUCCUGUCUUGUUUUUCUAUUUUUCUAGAGUUAACCCUGUAUUUAGUGGAACUUAAAGGCUUCCAGCAUGUACAAACAGGUGACAAACUGUAUAUUAAGGGAUUGUGAUUUUUAAUGUGUCAAAUGUUUCAGUAUGUCUGAAGGAAGGUCUCCAGUGUGAAAAGCUUUGACAACUCUGUUGUGGUUUUCUCUUCCUUCAGAUUUUUCCUCUUUGUGAAUUUCUUUUUUUUGUAGGGCAGCAGGGAUCACUGAAACUGAACUGAUAGAAUAGAUGUUUUUAAAUGGGAUAUUACACACUGUCCUCUAUGCUUUCAGUUGGAUUUCUCUAUUAGAUUCUACAUGGUUGCCAUUAAAUAGCAGAUAUUGUGAAAAUGUACUCUUGUUUUGCAAAAUAAAGAAUUUGAAAACAGAAUUU